AUGACGACAAGCCGGGUAUUGUCGAUUCAGUCUCACGUUGUCUCUGGAUAUGUUGGAAACAAGGCAGCUGUAUUUCCUCUACAACUCCUGGGUUUGGAUGUAGACGUCAUCAACUCUGUGCAAUUUUCCAAUCAUACUGGAUAUUCCAAGGGGUUCAAAGGAUCCGUCAUGGAUGGAGACGGCCUCGACACUCUUUUGACAGGGCUUGACGAGAAUGGACUUUUGGAGGAUAUUCAAUACGUACUGACCGGAUACAUUGGAUCCGCUACCUUUCUUGCCGCCAUUCGAAAUGUCAUUCUGAGAGUCAAAGCCAGGACACCCAAUUUUCGGUACCUUUGCGACCCUGUGCUGGGGGAUCACGGGAAAUUCUACGUUCCUCCCGAGCUCGUGGACCUGAUGAAAUCCGAUAUCAUUCCCCUGGCAGAUAUUGUGACUCCCAAUCAGUUUGAAGUCGAACAAUUGACCGGUGUAGUUAUCCAUUCUCUCACAGAUGCCAAGAAAGCCUCGGUUGCCUUUCACGAUUUGGGACCAUCCAUCGUUUUUCUCACGAGUCUUGAGUUCCCAACCGCAGAAACUUUGGGUACGCUGACAAUAUUUGCGUCACAACGAAAAUAUUCCAAAGACGACACAUCCUCAUAUCAUGACGAAGUCUAUGCAAUCGAGGUUCCAAAGCUACAAGGGGCCUUUACGGGGACCGGGGACUUGACCGCAGCACUGAUUCUUGGUCACCUGCACCAACAUCCUGACAACUUGAAACUCGUCAUGGAAAAGGUAAUCAAUACAAUGCAAGCAGUGAUACUGAAAACAAGCGAGAUCACCAACGCAUGCAAGGAUCCCAAAUCAGCAAAGGCACGAGAGCUACGUCUAAUACAAAGCAAGAGCAUCAUUGAAAAUCCAUCUACAAAACACGAGGCCCGAAAAGUCGAGUAA